AUGAGGGAGGAAUGUGAACGGCACGCCGCCGUCUGCUCGCCUCACCCUCAUCCCAAAAUCGCCGUUCUCGCCAAAACGAGCGAGUCGGUUGGCGUCGGGACACGCAGCAACGUAAGAAGGACUCGUUUCCUUCGUUCAGUAUCGCUUCUCGGCCUAUUGGCUAAGAUCUAACAUACAACUACCAGCCAUAACGAGUUUUUCCAAUCUCUACCGUCUCAUGAGGAAGGACAUCCCAGAAAGGGAUGAAUUCUCAACAGCCUUCGAAAUAGUAGCGAUAGGCACAACACCGUACAUCGACGCUCUCGCCACAGAAAUCCCAGACAAAUUCCAAGCCCUCUUUGUCUAUGACAAAACAGCCACCCCGGAGACCGUAAAGGCACUGGCCUCCAAAGCCAAAAUACCAGUAACACUUCUACUAACAACCUCCAAAUUUUGGCAAAAAAUCUACGAAGUUUUGAAAAACCGCCACCUUCAACCUCUAACCACUGAAAGUUACAUCUCAAAAAUUAGAUCACUGGCCAAGUCCCCUGCAAAAAAAAGGCGACAUUCAUCCUCCUCAUCCCAACCUUCUCCCAAAAGGGCGAAUUAAAAGGCCUAAAUAAACACAUUCUUGUAUUAUUUUUCUUGUUUUGCUUCUUGUUGCCUUCAAGGCUCAAACCUGCAAAGGUUAUUUUUGGAAGAGUUCCUCGGAACUCGGACCCACGGCGGGUCCUUUUAAACCUGAGUCCAAUUAUGGACAAGCCCAUGAAGGCUUUUUAA